AAAUGCGACCCCAACCUUGGUACUUACUUUCCGUGAUCAAUCAACUCCGCAGAACACCGUUACGAGAAUCGGCAUCCUCGACGGCAUUGGGACAGAAUCCUUUGAUCGGAAAACGUUCGGAAUCUGGUGGAGAGGCCCCAGGGUAAUCUCGGAGCAAAGCAAUUUAGUGAUGGCCGUCAUGAUUUGGCUAACGGUCCUUGGUAUAAAAGGUGGCCACGAACAGGUAAUUAGGUUCCCGGCCGCAACCACGACGUGCAUUCUUUUGCUACAACACACUCUUUUGUCAUUCACAAUUAAUCACCUCGAAGUCACUCUUUCAUCCGUAAUAAUGUCAAUAGUCAAUUCCAGCAUUCUACAGCAUCCUAUUCAGUUGCAAUUCAUUGGUCGAGCUGGGCGUGAGUUUGUGCAGACCUCUUUGCGCAACCGAGGAUUCGUUUCUCAUACCGCCAGCAUCAACACUUCAGGUCUGAAGGGUAACCACAUUACUUCGACCGACGUCAACUUGACUGCUUUCAAUUGGUCUCAAAACGAAAUCAAUGUCGGAGACAUGUACUCAAUGAGUUGUAAAUUGAUUGCUUCAAACGACGCCAAUGCGGAUCAUUUGCACUUCGACAGCGCCACUUCUCUCGAUGUUACCUCUGUCUACCCGGUGGGUGAGAACUUGAUCCGUGGCGCUGUCGACAGAGUCUCACUCACCGCUUUGGGUACCAUAGUUGGUAAAGAGAUCGUUCCUGGCGAUGCUGACCAUCCGUCUGGCUGUACCAUCACCUUGAAAUCUGUGGAUAUUGAUCCGAUCACAAAGAGUCCUGUUGUGUGGUUUACCAAACACCAUAUUUGCCCUAUGCCGUCUUUAGAGAGUGCUGCGAGGAUGUGGCAAGAAGGUGCCAUUGUUCAUAUCUCUGGGGUAGUUGUAGGAUACGAUUCGGUGUCGUUUAUGUGGAUCAGUAGUGUCAACUGCAUUAGUGUUGUCGGUCCCGGUGAUGCCAACGGUGUCCAACGUGUUCGUAGAUCUCGACGUCAGAUAAGACAAGGGGCGGUGAUUGCUGCCAACGAUGGUAUCUGGCAACAAAUGAUACGUGCCUAUGCCAGUAGGAACAUGGCACGCAUUGGUAUGCGUAAUGGCGCUCGCCACAUGGGCUCAGGUCGUGACGCGGCCCGCAAGAGGCUCUACAGACGCAAUUCGAUAAUGUAGCGUGUGCGGAGUUCUCUUGAUGGGGUACUUCAUGUGAUGCCCUGGAAGUAUGAGGUCAGGGUGGCUGUGUCGUGCGUUUAUUCCAGCAUGUGUUGAAAUGGUUUUUUGGGUUGUUACUAUCUCAUGUGAUCGCUUGCAUGUACCACAGUAUGGAUAUGGUAACACCUCCUUUGUUUUGCAGUUGGUGAAGCGAGUGAUGGAAUGGUUUUCUUAGGCAUUUAUGUCCCAUUCACUGCC